CACGGUGCGUCCUAUUGUCUGAAGGUUCAGUCAAAGAGACUCAGUCCGUACAGGAAUUCUCUAUACUCUCUAGAUCUAUGAAAUCCCACACGACCCACCGUGACUACACGUAAUUUCGUUAAUGUCGAUCCCAAGAUCGCAGUCCCACGGCAGCGACAGCUGGGACUGCCUGCUGCCUGGCCCACCCAGCCGCAACAACUUCGGCUCCGCCGACAUCAGCUCCUCCGGCCUACUCGCCUUCGCUUCCGGAUCAUCCGUCGCUGUCGUCGACUCCCGCACUCUUCAGCUCAUCUCAACCAUCCCUCUCCCUCCUCCACCUUCCGCUUCCUCCUCCCCUUCCCUUUCCCCAUUCGUCACGUCGGUGCGGUGGACACCACUCCCGCUUCUUCGUGACCUCCUCUCCACGGAGCCUUCCACUUCUCACCUUCUGCUCGCCGCCGCAGACCGCCACGGCCGCAUCGCGAUCCUCGACUUCCGUCUCCGCUCCGUUCUUCUCUGGCUGGACACUGAUUCGAACCCCAAGCUCGGUGUCCAAGACUUAGCGUGGAUCCUCGCCCGUCCAGAUUCGUACAUCCUUGCCGCCAUAUCUGGUCCCUCGUCGCUCUCUCUCUACUCUACAUCCUCCGCUUCCUCACGCUGCAUUUUCAAGUACGAUGCCUCUCCUGAAUUCCUCUCCUGCAUCCGCCGCGAUCCUUUUGACUCCCGCCACUUCUGCGUCAUCGGCUUGAAAGGAUUUCUGUUGUCGAUCACAGUUCUCGGUGAUAGGGAGGAAGAUGUGGUAGUCAAGGAGCAUGAGAUUCGGACGGAUUCUACUGAAUUACAGAAGCUGGAUAGGGAUGCGGCGAGUGCAUCUUCUUCGUCGCCGGCGUCGGCCGUGUUUCCGCUUUAUAUGGUGCGGUUCGCGUUCUCGCCGCACUGGAGGCAUAUCAUAUACGUGACUUUCCCGAGAGAGUUGGUGGUGUUUGAUUUGCAGUACGAGACAACGCUCUUUGUAGCUUCGUUGCCGCGCGGUUGUGGCAAGUUUCUCGAUGUCUUGCCGGAUCCGAAUAAUGAGUUGCUCUACUGUGCCCAUUUGGAUGGGAGGCUCAGCAUUUGGCGGCGAAAAGAGCGUGAACAGGUGCAUGCGAUGUGUUCCAUGGAAGAGCUGAUGCCUUCAAUAGGGACAUCUGUCCCUUCUCCUUCAGUUCUUGCUCUCACCAUCUGCCUGUCAGAGUCCACCCUCCAAAAUGUUAGCAAGAUUUAUUCUGAUGUACCAAGUUCUCCUUCCCCUGCGCUGGAUUUUGACAAUCCAUUUGAUUUUUGUGACGAUAACCGUCUUAUUUCUAAAACUCAUAUUGUCUCCAUUUCGGAUGAUGGAAAAGUAUGGAACUGGGUCUUAUCCAUUGAAGGGCUUGAAGACGCUCAGAAGGACGUUACAAACUUGCAUGCAGUUGCUGAUGUCAGUGAAAUGCCAUAUCAAGAAACCAAUGCCAAUAAAUCAGUUACUUCUGCUCAUCUUGCCCAUGGAGGAGUGAAGCAACUAGAACAUGGGAAUGGGAGAAGCCGAUCUUCUAGCUCAACCUUCAGCCCGGCAAAUAUGUCAGUUAAGAUCAGCUUAGUAGGACAGCUUCAGCUUCUUUCUUCGACGGUGACUAUGCUGGCUGUACCAUCGCCUUCUUUGACUGCUACUUUGGCUCGUUGCGGGAACUAUCCUGCUGUAGCCGUUCCACUGGUCGCUUUGGGAUCUCAGAGUGGAACAAUUGACAUCAUUGAUGUUUUUGCCAAUGCGGUUGCUGCGAGUUUUUCUGUUCAUAAUGGUACUGUUAGGGGAUUAAGAUGGCUUGGAAACUCUCGAGUGGUUUCAUUUUCUUACAGCCAGUCAAAUGAAAAGGCUGGAGGUUACAUUAAUAGACUUGUUGUGACCUGCCUUAGAAGUUGCCUUAAUAGACCAUUUCGUGUUUUACAAAAGCCUGAACGUGCACCCAUCAGAGCUUUAAGAGCUUCUUCAUCUGGAAGGUAUCUUCUUAUUUUGUUUCGUGAUGCACCUGUUGAGGUUUGGGCAAUGACAAAAAAUCCUGUUAUGCUUAGAUCAUUAGCCCUUCCAUUCACGGUAUUGGAAUGGACUCUUCCAACAGUUCCACGGCCAAGUCAAAAUGGACCUUCUAGGCCAUCAUCAUUUGCAUCCAAAGAUCCUUCACCUGUGGCACCAGAAGGAGUAUCCUCCCCUUCAAAAUCUUCUUCAUCUGACUCUAAGGCUGCAACCUCAGAUGCAUCUCAGGAUGACACUUCCGAAAGUUUUGCAUUUGCACUAGUAAACGGUGCACUUGGAGUUUUUGAGGUCCAUGGACGGAGAAUUCGGGAUUUCAGACCAAAAUGGCCUUCUUCUUCUUUUGUCACGUCUGACGGAUUGAUUACAGCCAUGGCGUACCGAUUGCCUCAUGUUGUUAUGGGGGACAGGUCAGGUAACAUACGGUGGUGGGAUGUUACAACUGGGCAUUCUUCGUCAUUUAAUACUCAUAGGGAUGGAAUCCGGAGAAUCAAAUUCUCACCUGUUGUCCCUGGAGAUCGUAGUCGGGGCCGUAUUGCUGUCCUAUUUUAUGACAAUACAUUUUCUGCAUUUGAUCUUGACUCUCAGGAUCCAUUGGCCAAUUCUGUUUUACAACCUCAGUUUCCUGGAACCCUCGUAUUGGAACUUGAUUGGUUGCAUCUGCGAACUGAUAAAAAUGACCCACUGGUCCUGUGCAUUGCUGGAGCUGAUAGCAGCUUUCGCCUUCUUGAAGUUAACAUUGGUGACAAAACAUUUGGCCCGGAGCCUCAGACUCGAGCAAUCAAAGAAAGAUUUCGCCCUAUGCCUAUAUGUUCUCCCAUACUCCUUCCUACACCUCAUGCAUUGGCAUUGAGGAUGGUCUUGCAAUUGGGUGUGAAGCCUUCUUGGUUUAAUACUUGUAGCACAACCAUAGAUAAGAGGCCUCAUUCAAUUCCUGGAACUGCUUCACCCACAGGAGACCUUCGCAGUUUUAUGGUUGACAUACCACCUGUUGGUGACUCUGUAGUGCCAGAAAUGCUCUUGAAGGUAUUGGAGCCUUAUAGGAAAGAAGGUUGCAUCCUUGAUGAUGAGGCUGCAAAAUUAUAUGCUACGAUAGUCAAAAAAGGGUCUGUCGCAAGAUUUGCGUUUUCAGCUGCAAUUUUUGGUGAAACUUCAGAGGCUCUUUUCUGGCUACAGUUACCCCGUGCCCUCAACCUUUUGAUGAAUAAGCUGGUAAAUAAAACUCCUCAGAAGGCUCCUAUCUCCACAUCAUUUCCAGAACUUGACAACACAGCUAUGUUAAGUAGGCUUUCAUUGAAAGGGAAUUCAAUGUCAGGAAACACAAGGGGUUCAUCGAGUCAAGGUCAACUUAGAGUUAUGGCUUUUGAACAAGAAGAGUUAUGGCAAAGUGCCAGUGAGCGCAUUCCUUGGCAUGAGAAAUUGGAGGGAGAAGAGGCUAUCCAGAACCGCGUGCAUGAGCUCGUUUCAGUUGGGAACUUAGAAGCUGCGGUUAGUUUAUUGCUUUCUACCAAUCCAGAGAGUCCAUACUUCAAUGCAAAUGCUCUUCGUGCUGUCGCCCUUUCUUCUGCUGUGUCGAGAUCUCUGCUUGAACUUGCAGUCAAGGUUGUUGCAGCCAACAUGGUAAGGACUGAUAGGUCGCUCUCUGGCACACAUCUUCUUUGUGCAGUUGGAAGGUAUCAAGAAGCGUGCUCCCAGCUGCAAGAUGCUGGUUGCUGGACUGAUGCUGCAACUUUAGCCGCUACACACUUAAAAGGAUCUGAUUAUGCAAGGGUAUUGCAACGAUGGGCUGACCACAUUUUGUAUGCAGAACACAACAUCUGGAGGGCUCUUAUUCUAUAUGUAGCUGCUGGUGCAUUGCAAGAAGCAUUGGCAGCACUACGUGAAGCGCAACAACCUGACACGGCUGCAAUGUUCAUACUUGCUUGCCGUGAAAUCCAUGCAGAAAUUAUAACCAACUUAAGAAAUGCAGAUGAUGAAACGAAUUCUACUACUGAGGAUAAGCUGGUUAAUUUGCCAGGAUUGAACCCAGAAAAUGAAGACGUAAUUGCAGUCAGUGAAUAUUAUGGGCAAUACCAAAGAAAAUUAGUGCAUUUGUGUAUGGACUCACAGCCGUACUCUGAUUGAUGGACUAUAUCACUUGUCGGCAAGUUUCUACCAUGUCAAUGUUUGCAAUGAAAUCUGCAAAUUUGUUCACAAGGAUUUACCUUAUCGGCACGACUCUGGAAGCCCAAUACAAGUUCAAAGGACCCUGUUACUUGUACAACUACAUAUAGUGGCAAAGAUGAUAUGGAUUGGCAAAUGGUGAGGUUGGCCAUUUCCAGGGUACUUGACAUUGGUCAUAUGAAGUAUUUUUGGACUUCACCAAGUAUGGCAUUCCUCAUAAAGUUGUGCUGAAGAAAUACCAAAAAUGUUUUAGCGAUAUCAUUCAAUCGUCUUGGCCUUACAAGGUCAAUUGUUUGUAAAUUUUGAGGCACUUAAUUACAUACUACUGUUUUAAUGUUCUUCCUGCA